AUGCCGGGAGCCAUCAUGAUCUACAGCAUCAUCUCGAAAAUCUUACUUCCAUUCGUCCUCCUCUUCAGCAUACCACUGGUAGCACUUUCGAUUGCGACUAGCGUCUUCGCUUUCUGGGUUCUACUCAUCCGUGUCUCGAUCGUCUACGUUGAGCUCCUAGCCGCUCUGCUGUGGUCAUGCAUCAUACCCGAACCAAAGUAUUCUGGAGUGGAAGACUUCAUAGCUGCGGAGAGCUUGACAAAGUCUCCGGACAGUAUCGUGGCACGGUCUCGACGAGCUUCGAGAAGUAGCGCCCAUAGUGAGAGUACCUACCCGCGUCUCGCUGGGCCGAGCGGAAGCGCUGUCACUUUACCUGAACCACUACGUCAGCGAGACUAUGAAGGUGUGGGUGGUUGGCGAGACGAGGGUGAAGACGACGCUAUCUGGCUCGGCAUGAACAGCAGACUUGAGCUACCUUUAUCAACAUUACAGUGCGAGCAUCUGAGCCAAACGAGCUUACACCUCCUUGGAAGCGGCUACAACAGUCCCGAGCGAGUGCGGACACCACACGCACUUCGCACGCCCGGAUCUGCGAGACGGCAUGGUACUGGUACUGAGAGUCCAGAGAGCUACUUUAGUACGGCACCGGGUAUUGCCACGAGAGGCCACCAGAGCUCGCAGUCAUUGUCUGGGAUUUCACGACCAGGUGGCGCUGGAAGUACGACGAGUCCGGCCUCAAUAAACCACAGCAGACGCCCGACGCACUAA